CGGAUUGAGGCUUGUUGAGCUUUGCCUGAUGAUUCUUGCUGACGAACUCAGAAAGCCUCCGCCAGGGGGAAGAAGGUCGACAUCAUCCAAGGUCUGGGGAUAGUGCCCAACUUCUGCCGGAUCGGUCUCUCCAGAAGCAGGGAUCCGGUAAUGUGUGGUGCUAUUGACGCCGUCGGUAACAUUGGAUCUGCCGAUGGAAUCCCCCCUUGCCAGAUGGGUCGGAUCAUCGAAUGGCUUUGCGAGAUGCAUCAUGUCGGUCUCUUCUAGUCUGGUCUUGCCGCGGUGCUGGUAUGCCUCAUCCAAGAUCAUGUGGGAAAUGUGAGUGUUGCGCGUUGCAACGCGGUCACCCGUGUCCGAGGAAGCUUUGGGGCAAGGUCGAGAAGGCAAGGCCUGGGAUUGAUUCUUUGCCCAUGCACCCGACUUGCCCAAGCCUUGAUAGGUGGUCAUUAUGAUAUUGACAAUAGCAGAUAUGAAACAAUCUUGUUGUGCGUCUCCAAAGAAGGUGCCUUGAUUUUCAUGGGAAGACUCGGCGUAUUUCUUGAGGGAGUCUAUCUACCUUUCUUUCGAUUGGAAAAUGACCUCAUCUUAUAUGCGCCAGACAACAGCUCGACUCGAUCGUUAGCAAGGUCAUUUCUCUCGCACACGAGUAUUGAUGAGAAUUGAGCGCCCGCUAGCGAACAUGCCUUCUUACGGAUCGAAGGGAGGAUGCCAGGAUUGUGCUUAUCUGGACCAAUUGCAGAGGAUCGAACCACGCUAAUGCAGCACACUUUUGUAUCAGGCCAAUUGAGUGUACAGCUGAUGCAUUGCUGUUCGGCUGGUGCCAAGGGACCUCAUGUGCCCCAUGCCCAGGAUGCCCUGAAUCCGGUCAAUGUCAUCUCACGAGAGUUCAAAUAUCCUGUGCUCGAUUGUAGGGCAUCCAUCACGUCCACUGUGCGUUCCGUGGAAUCUCAGAGAACUAGCUAUCAUUAGCCAUCGAAAAUGACAAAGUGGACACAGGACGAGGCUGAGUGGGAGACGGCUAAAUCUGCCAUCAGGCGCCACUACCUGGAGGAGGGCAAGUCUCUAAAGGAACUCGCCCAGAUCAUGUGCAAGGAAUAUCGGCUCAACGCAACACCAGACAUGUACAAGCGCCGGCUCGCCAAAUGGGGCUUCCAGAAAAAGGUCCGGGGUCAAGAUGCCUUCACCGUCGUGCGUGCUGCACGAGUGAGCGCCGCUGUCGGCGGAACAGCCUCUUCGCUGAGUAAUGACUACGGCGCAGGGGUUGGGCCUGAAAAGAUUGAUCGUUAUUUGAAGCGCAAGUAUCACUCGGAGAGUGAGUUUCUAGCUGCGAUGACGGCUCCUUCCCCAGAAAAGUCGUCCAGAAGAGAUCUGCGAGCUGCGAAGAAGACAACCAUGGACGUUCUAAUCACAGAAAGACCCCCCCCUCCGUUUGGCUCAGCCAUGCUUCUGGAAAUCGUGGCCAGUCUUCGCAUCUACUUCACCGCAUCGUUUUCCGAUGGCUCCUGGCGGAUAAGCCGUGACCCAAAUAUCGACGUGUACAGUACACGUCCCCACGGCAAUGACAUGCUCGGUCUAAAAGCACUGUUCAGCGCACACGACCUAGCUUGUGAGUUGCUGGACACCAAUCAGAUGGCUGAAGCUGGGCUCGUUCUCAGUCGCGCCGGUUCCGGCAUUGAGGAUCUCAUCGCGACGCGACAUCCUCGGAUGCUGACAGCCAUAUUCGACCUCAUAUUCCAUCUAAUACGCCGUCGCCGCCCUGAAGUCGCCAUGAUUCUGCUUCGACAUUUCUCUUCCCUCGUAUCCGUCCUCUUGGGCUCUAGGCACCCGAUCAGUCAAGCUUUCGAGCGUCUGUUGAAAGCUCCACGGCUGGAGUUCCAACCCUAUUUGCUCUUGGCAUGGCAAAGUGCCAUUGAUCGCUUCGCCGACGCUGCCGGGCCGCUUCAUUACUCCACGCUUAGCGUUCGUCGCGAGUACAUUCAGAUGGCCAUUGGUUUGGACGAUAUAGCCCUUGCCGCCAAUCAAGUCCGAGAGCUCGCAGAGCUUUGCGAGCGCGAAUUGGGCGCUGAGGACCUGCGGACGCUCAAGCUCUACUACACGCUCGCUGAACUACUCUUCGAACAACAGCGUUCGGAAGAAUGCGUGCAUAUCGGAGAGAAGAUGGUGCAUGCAGCAGCCAACUUCGCGGACAAGGACUAUGAUAGAUUCGUGGACUUGAGCUGCAGUGGGUUGUUCUUCAUCGCAAAGGCUCAAUGUGCUCAAGGAAUGGCCAAUGGUUCGUCUACUUACAGGGACCAAGCUGCCGGGACUCUCUGGCGCGCAAUCGAGCUUUGCAUCUCAUAUAGGGGCUUGCAACAUCCUCUGGCCAUGA